UCUCUUUUGUGGGGUGGGGCGGGGGGAAGGGUGUUUGACUGGCUUGGUUUUUACCGGGGGACAAGGGGCUGCGGAGAGGGGGACACCGGGGAGGCCCGUCCCCGGGGGCGGCGGCGGCGGCGGCGGCAUGGAGGUGGCCGAGCCGCCGGCGCUGGGCCUGUUCCCCGAGGGCGAGCUCAUGUCGGUGGGCAUGGACACCUUCAUCCACCGCAUCGACUCCACCGAGGUCAUCUACCAGCCGCGCCGCAAGCGGGCCAAGCUCAUCGGCAAGUACCUGAUGGGGGACCUGCUGGGCGAGGGCUCGUACGGGAAGGUGAAGGAGGUGCUGGACUCGGACACCCUGUGCCGCCGCGCCGUCAAGAUUCUCAAGAAGAAGAAGCUGCGGCGUAUCCCCAACGGCGAGGCGAACGUCAAGAAGGAGAUCCAGCUGCUGCGCCGCUUACGCCAUAAGAACGUCAUCCAGCUGGUGGAUGUGCUGUACAACGAGGAGAAGCAGAAGAUGUAUAUGGUGAUGGAGUACUGCGUGUGCGGCAUGCAGGAGAUGCUGGACAGCGUGCCCGAGAAGCGCUUCCCGGUGUGCCAGGCCCACGGGUACUUCUGCCAGCUGGUGGACGGGCUGGAGUACCUGCACAGCCAGGGCAUCGUGCACAAGGACAUCAAGCCCGGCAACCUGCUGCUCACCACGGCCGGCACGCUCAAGAUCUCGGACUUGGGCGUGGCCGAGGCCCUGCACCCCUUUGCGGAGGACGACACCUGCCGCACCAGCCAGGGCUCCCCGGCCUUCCAGCCCCCCGAGAUCGCCAACGGCCUGGACACCUUCUCUGGCUUCAAGGUGGACAUCUGGUCAGCCGGGGUGACGCUCUACAACAUCACGACGGGCCUGUACCCCUUCGAGGGGGACAACAUUUACAAGCUGUUCGAGAACAUCAGCAAGGGCGACUACACCAUCCCCGGCGACUGCGGGCCGCCGCUGUCCGACCUGCUGAGAGGGAUGCUGCAGUACGAGCCGGCGCGCAGGUUCUCGCUGCAGCAGAUCCGCCAGCACAGCUGGUUCAGGAAGAAGCACCCGCCGGCCGAGGAGCCCGUGCCCAUACCGCCCAGCGCCGACGGGCAGGACCGUUGGCGGGGCAUGACAGUGGUGCCCUACCUGGCGGAUCUGCACCACGGUGACGACGAAGACGACCUGUCCGACCUGCAGGACGGCAUCAUCUACACUCAGGACUUCACGGUGCCCGGUCCCAGAGGAGGGCGCUGCACAGAGCCGGGGCACCCUGCCCAAGGCCGUGUGUCUGAAUGGCACAGAGGCCCCACCGAGCGCCAGGCCCAAGGAGCGGCGGCCCAGCGCCCACGGCGCUCGCAAGGCCUGCUCGGCCGGAAGCAGGAUCCGCCGCCUGUCGGCCUGCAAGCAGCAGUGAGGGCACAGCCCCGAUCCAGGUGCCCAGGCCAGCUGUACUUUCAUCAGCCGUGGCCCACCCCCAUCCUGGGAGGUCGCCCGGGGUCCCCGAGGACAGGGCUGGGGACAGCGGGGCCACCCGCGCACGGGGCUCCCUGCGGACUUCGCAAUCCUGAGCUGAGCCGGCGCCUGGAGGAGGCGGCCCAGGCUGGGCAGCCACCACAACGCACUUUACUCCUACACACUGGUCCCCGUCUGUCAUCGCCUCCAGGAAGCCCGCCGGUGCUGCAUGGCCGGCGUCCAGCCCGUGGCCACCUUCUGUUUGUUUGGGGUUUUCUCCCUUUUUUUUUUUUUUUUUUAAGAAAAAAAAUAAAACAGGUGGAUUUGAGUUGUGGUGGUGAGGCACUCCCAGAGAAGGCACGCAGGCUGAGUGUGCGGUAAAUAUUUAUCUCAACCGGGAACCGAACACGCAGCCCAGGGGCCAGCGUGAAGCUGCGGAGCACGGCUGCUGGGCUUUUGGCAAUAAAUAAAGCUGGGGCUGGGACCUGGGCCUUCAGA